AACCUCCCAAAACUCUACCAAAACCCCAUCCGAAAAAAGCCGAAGUUAUAAAAAUGCACUUUCCAUUCUAGUUUGGAAGUACCUGGAACUGAGAGAAAAAUGAAGGUUUCGUUCAAGAUGAAUCUAUUGCUAGAGCUUCUGGGGUUUUUGCUUCUAAGUGAAAUGCUCUUUUGCAUUGCUCAAGGCAAUGUUCAUUACUAUGACUUUGUUCUCAAGGAGAGCAAUUUUACAAGGCUAUGCUCUACAAAGAGCAUGUUGACGGUAAAUGGUAGUUUUCCAGGACCAAUGAUUCGCGCUCACAAAGGAGACACUGUGUAUGUGAAUGUUUACAAUCAAGGACGAUAUGGUGUGACAAUUCACUGGCAUGGAAUAAAACAACCAAGAAACCCAUGGUUUGAUGGACCUGAAUAUAUCACGCAAUGUCCCAUUCCCCCUAAAACAAAUUUCACAUAUCAAGUCUUACUUUCUUCCGAAGAAGGAACUGUAUGGUGGCAUGCUCACAGUGAUUGGACAAGAUCAUCAAUCCAUGGUGCUUUUGUUGUUUUACCUGCAGAGGGAACAACUUAUCCUUUUCCCAAGCCUGAUGAAGAACAAGUUAUAGUAUUUGCUUCGUGGUAUAAAGAAGAUGUAGAGACGUUAAUGGAUGAGGCCCUUCGCUAUGGUGGAUUGACCACAUUGUCUGAUGCUUAUACCAUCAACGGACAACCUGGGGAUUUUUAUGAUUGCUCCAACGAGACAACAUAUCGGAUGUCAGUUGAUUAUGGCAAGACCUAUCUCCUUCGCAUAGUUAAUUCUGUAAUGAACACAGAUAUGUUCGUCGCCAUUGCUGACCACAAUCUCACAGUUGUUGGAUGGGAUGGCUCUUACAUCAAACCAUUAGAAGUUAGUUACAUAAUGAUAACCCCAGGACAAACAAUGGAUGUGUUGGUCACAGCAAACCAAUCUCCUAGCCACUAUUACAUGCUUGCUAGCCCUUAUUUUGAUGGGCAAGCAGAUGACUUUGACAAAAGCAUCACUAGUGCAGUUUUCCAGUACAAUGGCAACUACACUCCUCCAUCGAUACCGGUCUAUCCAAGCAGUAUCCCUGGUUUUUAUGAUGUAGGUGCUGCUUCAUUUUACACAACAAGUUUAAGGAGUUUGGCUAGUCCAGAACACCCUGUAGAUGUCCCUCUAAAUGUCACCACAAGAAUGUUUAUUACUGUUUCUAUAGGCAUGAUGCAUUGUCCCAAUGACUCGUGUGCUGGGCCCGCUGGGAAUAGGCUUGCUUCUAGCUUAAACAACAUCAGUUUUGCAAACCCAAAAUUGGAUAUAUUGGAAGCAUACUACAGGCACAUAAGUGGAUAUUACGAGACAAAUUUCCCAGACAAACCACCGCAUUUGUUCAAUUUCACCUCAGACGACUUGUUGACGAACAAUGUUACCAUAUCAGAUCAAGGGACAAGGGUGAAGGUGCUAAAUUAUAAUGAGACUGUUGAGAUAACGUUUCAGGGGACUAAUGUCAUGAAUUCUGGAGAAAAUCAUCCAAUGCAUUUACAUGGGUUCAGAUUUUAUGUGGUUGGAACGGGUGUUGGAAACUUCGACAAUGUCACUGACCCAUUGACUUACAAUUUGGUUGAUCCACCUGAAGCUAAUACUGUUCCAAUUCCUAAAGAUGGAUGGGCUACCAUCAGAUUUGUAGCUAGCAAUCCAGGGGUCUGGUACAUGCAUUGUCAUUUUGACCGGCACAUGAGUUGGGGUAUGGACACAGCUUUCAUAGUAAGGAACGGUAAUACCGAAGAGUCAACCAUCCUGCCUCCUCCAGCUUACAUGCCUCCUUGUGAAACUGAUUCCUUGCAUGGGCCACAACAGUCAAUGUUCCAGAAAGAAGAGUAAGGAAAACAUUUAAUAAUGACACCAGUAAGGUCGUUUUAGACAUGCAUUGUUUAGGAGGUAGGAGUUGGCACUUGGAAAGACCAAAGAAUAUAUUUUUGGGUUCUCUUAUGCAAAUAAAUCUAUUGAUACAAAAAUUUUCAUAA